AUGGCACAGUUGUUAUAUUCUAUAAAUGCAGGUGUCGUAUUCUUGGAGGUCAACGAUGAAGUAAAACGUGCUAUCUUACCACCAGUUGUCGAUACUAUAGAUUCAGUAAAAGCUUUAUUUUUACGAACCUUCCCACAGCUUACAGCCAAAUACUUGAACUUGCCUUACGUAAAAAUUUACAUACAAGAGCAAUCCAAGGGACAACUAUUCUACGAACUUGACGAUCUUCGGCAAGUUAAACUAUAUUAUUUUUGCAAAAAUGGGGUACUAGACUUGAAGGACCGAGCAGUACUGAAAUUGCGGGAACAGUUAUCAGGAUUUCAGUCUCCCCAGCCAAUUAGGUUUACCGAUCAUCCGCCAGAUUAUUUAAGCGAAUCUGAAGGAGAGCUCUCAGAUUAUCGUAGCAGAACGCCACAUAGAAUUGGUAGCUUCAGACCUCCGAGCUCGCUCGAUAAACGUCCGUAUGGGUCAUUAAAAUCGGCAAGAUCGCCAAUACCAUUAAGGUUUGACGCCUAUUAUGACCCUUAUUCUAGCGAUGCCAGUAGCCAAGAACCUCGAUCAGGUUCUGCGACACCAAUUAUCGACAAAGAAGCCAGAUUUCGAAUGGAAACUAUGGAGCGACAGUUGGCAGGCUUAUCUUCACUAGUUCACUCAGCCUUGGUUAGCAAAGGAAUGAGUGAAAGCAGUCAACGUGACAUGCAAGAACUGAGAAGACAGAUUCUUGCACUUCACUCCGACGCACGUCCAGGAAGCAGCGUACCAAGCAGCACAGAACCGUCUUUGCCCGACACUUAUUCCUUAAAUGGGGAAGCACAACAACAUCUUUUAAGGUUAAAGCAACAAGCAACUGAAAUACAGAACCAGCUGAAACAAGUUCGACGUGCAGUCCAAGUGAAUGUACAAAACGGACGUGAUUUACUCCGUGAUGCAUUCGACCAAAUCCAAAAGCAUAUCAGCAGGCAAUCAGGCAUCGAUACUACAACACUAAAAGCCGAUCAUAUGGAAAAUCUCAAAUCAGAGCACAUUGCUCAAAUAACACAGCUCCAAAAGUCUCUUCAGUCGUUCGAAGAGGAUGUUGAAGAUGUCAGGAAAUUGGUGCUAAAUACAAAUAGGAAGCUUCGCAUGAGUGAAGUGGAACAUUUCACAAAUUCCUUGACCAAAAUCGGGAGAAACGCAGCUCGACUAAAAACUCAGUUUCCAUCUAUUCAAAACGAAUUAGAAAAAAAAAUAAAAGGCGACAUGGAAAGAGUGGUUCGGGAAGAAAAGUUCAUUAAAGAAGAAUCUGCACAAAUAGAUCAAUGCUUGCGGCGUUGCAAGACGUUAGCAAAUAUGAUGGUAACCAUGAAGAAGCUAGCUAUGGUCCAAGACCCUGCAGUUAGUGCCCCGUAUCGAAUAGAAAGAAAUUCUGAUCGAAUGAGUACAAAAAGUGAAAAUGGCACCCUCGCCACAACCAGAGAGGCACCAAAUGCUCAUCUUAAGACAGAAUCAGUAAGCGUUCCGGCAAUGCCAUCAUCCGGUCUAGUACUUGUAGGACAAAAUCUUAAAGCAAGGGCUUCAGCACCUCCAAUGGGGCGUCCUCUAAAAGAAGCGAACUCAUUAAAUGUCCCUCCUCCUGUUCCUCCAUCACCUCACAACUAUGAAAAGCCGUCAACUAGCGAAAAGUAUGAGGAAACGCAUAUGCUAGAUGCCAUCUUGGAUGAACUUAACAGUACUCGAAAACCACCGAUGAAUGCGCCGCCAAAACCUCCAGAGCGAAGAUCAAGCAACGAUUUACGGAGCCGCUUCACUCCCAACGAAGUGAAGGAUUUCCAGCGUACACAGAAAGGUCCAACAUCACCAUCAGGAAACGUUACCAUAAGAUCUCCAGCACCAUUUUACGGAACACAGCCUCCAAAACCACCGCCAUCCCCAUACUAUGCGUCAAACACAGCUACUCGCGCUCCAUUACCCUAUAGACCGCCAUCUCAACUGAGACCAGCUUCAAAAUACGCAGAAUCUUUCCCUGACCAUUUUCAGAGGCCUCCAGAAGCGAUUGCUUCAACCGAUGCCCUGGGCCCAAACGAUUCACUACGACUGAAUGGGGCUUCAUCCAACGAAUCGUUAAAUUCACAAGAGGGAACGUCAAUAAUACAAAAGUGA